CAUUUUUGAGCAAUUCUGAUUCCUAUUCUCCCAGGUGGACAGAUAGCAACGGGUUGAGCUGCUAUGAGUGAGCGUCGAGUGAAUGCUGCGCAGGACGCGGUCAUCAAGGUGUUGGUGCUGGGCGACGCCGCAACGGGCAAGACGAGCAUCAUCAAGCGAUACGUACACGACGCCUUCUCGGAGCACCACCGCACUACAAUCGGCGUGGACUUUGCGCUUAAGGCGGUGACCGUUAGUGGCACGACUGUGCGCUUGCAGCUAUGGGACAUCGCUGGCCAGGAGCACUUUCGUGCACUCAACCGAGUGUACUACAAGGACGCCCUGGGAGCGCUGCUGGUGUACGAUAUGUCUCGCCCCGAGACGUUUGACAGCAUCCUGAAGUGGAAGAAGGAGAUCGACUCCAAGGUGGAACUCCCGAACGGCAAGACGCUGCCGGUCAUUCUGUGUGGCAACAAGUGCGACCUGAAGGAAUAUGUUGAUCGGGAGUUUUUGGACGAGUUCUGCAAUACGAACAACUUUACGGGCUGGUUCGACACUUCAGCUAAGGAAAACAUUCACAUCGACGACGCCGCCAAGGCGCUGGUGACGGGCAUUCUCCAACACAAGGACAUUUUCGAGCGGAAGUCAGAAGCCAAGAAGCGCAACGACACCUUCCGUCCAACAAGUGCUGCCAACGGAGGCAAUGCAAACCAGUCCAGCUGGUGCUGCAACAGCUUCUAAUCUCUACCAUUCCGAUAGCUGCAACUGAAGUUACCCCAGCGAAAGACGAUGCUUUCCAGGCCAUGUCGAUGCAUAGCGUGGGGAUAACGUUAAUCUGACAUUGAGUGUUCCUUCUACCACCAUUAGCUACUUGAUCCUGCGUCUGCGAGACGCCGCUUUUUGUUGCCUCCUGAUCCUUCAGAGCGCCGAGUUUUAGUGAAGUGCACUGGGAGUUGACGGCUGUUUGAUGCAGAGAUGCCACGACUCUCCAUGCUUCUGCGCACUUGUCGGAGUUCAUUCCGUCUAGCCCCGAGCUUCUCCAGCAGUUCUUGCUUGUUACUCUCCGCUUGAUCUAAUUCAUCCUCCAGCUGGAUCAUCUCCUGCUCGCGUUCAUCAGGACGAUGGUUUGUGAAGGAAGCUGUGAUCUCGUUAAUGAUCUUCUGAACUUUUGCUUCUGCUUCGGGUUGCUCCACCUCCAUGAAAUCGACGGCGCGGAUCAACCGACGCUCUUCCAUUCUCAAGCAGUAUUCGCAAGAUUCACUUUCGUCACGGGCUUUGCACUCCGACAAAUGCGCAAAAUGGUGCUCCACAGCUCCACACAUUGGCUUAUUGCACACUUGUAGAUCCAAGUGAUGCUGCAAGUGAUCAAGAAUGGACUUGCAAUUCAGUAAACACCGCUGUGCUUUGGAAGGUGCACAAAAUGACGCGUCCACAAUGGCAUAACCGAGCUGCAUAACUCCAUCAAACUCCCGCUGUGCCAUCUCUGUUUUUUCUCUCUCUAACUUGGCUCGUAAAAGUUGAUUAAUGAAAUCCGCGUUGAAGUUGGCGGUCCCAG